CACUUUGACAGGUGGGUGGAACUGUUCACCUGUCAAUCUCUCAUGAAGGCAGGUGAAGACUCCCCUCCCCCGCCACAUGGUUUGAUUUCAAAUUGUGCUGGCAAAGGAAGCAUCUCCCUUUCUACUUCCUUUGUCCAUGCCGUCUGAAAUCGAAAGGUGCUGUCCAAGGAAACAGCAAUUCUCAACGGGAACUUACAGCAAACUGCACUACAGAGCUUCCAGCUGGAAACUAACCUCAUUGGGCAUGUGGGGUGGAAGAUCUUCACUGCUGUGUUAGAACUGUAAGUGAAGGACUUCUAGAUAGCUGUACCCCACCAAUAUAUUGGAAACAUUUGUAAAAUGCUAUCAUUGUGUAUUGGUAUAGUGGGUUUUGUGCCUUAGCAGAAAAAGCUCCUUUGUAGAGAGAGGUUGACAAAGUUUAUUUUAUCAGAUUUAUUAAUGAAGAAUUAAUAGUUGCAAUGACCCCAGCGAGAUAUGCCAGUAUAUGGAACAGACCAUAGUUGACCCAUGUCCCCAGUACUCCUGGAAUUACCAGCCAUUCUCAGCUAACUCUGUGAACAGCAGUAGAAUAAUUAGAACAAAUAAAAUGGAGUCCGAAUUUGGGGGCAUUUUGUUUUGUUUUGUUUUGCUUUGCUUUCUUCUUCUUUCUCCCUCUCUUUGUUUGAUUAUUCCAGAUGCUUUAACGAGAUGCAAUCUUUUUCUCUUUUUUUGCUUUAUAAACGCAAUAAUGAUUUCUUGCACAAUUUAGUAAACUGAAUGGACUCCCAAUUCCUUGAAAUUCACUCCUGCAACUUAUUUACUCUUCUCCACCCUUCUAGAGAAGGAUAGAUGAGGUAAUUUUUCUGAACUCUCAGACUGACUUGGAAAAAUGGGCUGCAAUAUUGCUCCCACCACCACCACCAGAAGAACUUGGUUAAUUUCCAAGAGUCUGACGUGCUCCUUGUUACAAUUUUAGGCACAUGUUUAUGCAAAACUUGUGUACACACACAGAAUAAUGCAAUGUGGGAAGAAGCUCUAAGAUACCAACAGAACUAAUCUGGGUUUAAUCCAUGUACUUCAGUCUAACCAGGCUGUGGACUGGGCUGAAUGUCACUUUGAUACCUUUUUUAUGGAACUAAAUGUAAGAUGGAUAGAACUGACUGCACUUUUAACAGCUUGUGCUUGCAAAGGUUACUCUGAGUCAGCUGGCAGGAAUGGAUACCAAUUAGAAAGUCGGCUCCAUGAUAGACUAUUUGUUUUUAACAUCAGCUAGCAAAUAUGACCAUCACUCUUGGGGCACCUGUCAUGCCUGUCAGAAGGAAAGAUUAACAUCUGAAUGAUUUGAAGUGUUGUAAGACUCAUGCAGGAAUACACCCGCCUAUUAAAAUAUAGAAUAUACACUAAAACCCAGUUCCAAGAACAAGUUGAUUUGUACAUAUUGCUAAAUCUUUUAUUAUUAUUAUUGAAAUACUGUUGUGUGAUAUAUACUGUUUGGAUAUUUAAUAAUCAGACUGGCCAAGUUAUUUGAGUUCCAAAUUAAUUAUAGAAAAUAUCAAUUAUGAAAAUGAUGGACUCAAAAUUGAGGUUUUGUUACACGGAGAUGGAUGUGACUUGGUAUAUUGUUUGAAUUUCAUUAUAGGUUCAUGGUUUCUGUAUUUUUUUUCUCUUUUAAAUGCCUAUUGUGAAGUUACUUAUGAUCCUUAAAAUCUGUGAUCAGAAUUACAUGAGAAAAACCAUAGAAUUAUCCAGUGCUUUUUUUCUGGGGGGACGAAGGGGGACGCAUACCCCUAAACAUUUUGUGAAUCUAAGUUUGGCCUCAUUGAGGGGCAGUAUUUCAAUAUAAGUAGGAAAAUGAGAGUACCCCUAACAUUUUUUAAAAAGAAAAAAAGGACUGAAAUUAUCUAAUCUACUUGCUUUUAAUUGGUUUCCAAUAAUAUUAAGAGCCUAAUAAUAAUAUUCAGCUAUUUAUUAGCUAUUUCCAGUGAGCACAUGCUCUUCUAUCCAUAUGCUAGACCAAAGUCGCAUCCCAAAAGGUCCUGUGUCCCAAAGUGGGAGUCCAUUUCUUCCUUGAUAAAAUACUGUAUACACAAGGUCAGCUGGGCAUCUGAUUCUGGCAUCUAAUUAUUAUUAUUAAAUUUGUAUACCGCCCUAUACCCGCAGGUCUCUAGUUAGAAUUGAUAGUAUCUACUUGCAUGCAAUGAGUUGUGAUGCCAUAUGAUUGCAGUUGCUCUUUAUACUUCUAUCCUGCCUUCCCUCCAGUUUACCUAUGAUCCCCAGAUUGUCUCCCAUCCAGACACUGCUCAGGCCGGACCUCCUUGGUUUCAGCAGUAGAACUGAUCACAUCUCACACCUCUGUUCCUUCUCUUUUUGCUAGGGCAAAAAUGGGCACAUUCCUUCCUAAACAUUUACCUAACGAUGCAGCAAGUUCUAAAAAGAAAUGGUUAGCCUUCAUUAUUUUGGAAUGAGAUACAUAAUGGAUGAUUUGCCCAGCAUAUGUGCUGUACCUUAAUGAGAAUAGUAUCUUAAUUUAAUCUUCGGACCACAUCAUCAUUAUUUUAGUAGAAUCCUUCUCUGUUAACUAAUUGCUUUCUUUCCUUUUUGAAAUGUUGAACAGAGUAUUCUACAAGAAGGGGUCAGCAAGAUCCAGAUAAAAAUGAAAAUGAAGCAGUACAUGGUAUGGUUUGCUCUGAAAGCUGCUCUGAAAGUGCCUCCCUUUGGCACCCCCUCCUUGUGUUUCAUUUGGUAGUGUCCAGUUGCUUUCAGAAUUCUAAUCAGGCUGAUUAAUGUCCUGGCAGCUUUCACAGUGCGAUAGCUAUUUGCAUGGUAGAGGCUGGCAAGGAGUGGUACACCUUUUCGUAAUUUAAAAGAUAAAGACAAGUUCAGAUUAUAGCCUGUGCCAUCCGUCCCUUUCCCUAAGAUUAAAACCGACCAAUAAUGGAAUGCAUUUAUUUUGUAAACGAUCUUCAACCAUCCGCAGAUCUUGUAUUUCACUAAAGGCAAGAUACAUCUAGAAAAUGUAGCCUCUCACGGGAAUUGUGCCUUAUUUGUUUACAAUUAGUUUUAAAAGUAAAAGAAAGUGAUCCAGCAAGCGGACAAACAAGCAAACACUGGGUUCCAUUUAUAUGUGUAUUUUUAUUGCAUUCUCUUCCUUUUAAUUAGAAGAAUAACAACUACAACCAAGGGGUGCUUUCUGCAAUUCAAAUGUUAAUACCGACAAAAUAUGUGUCUAUUUGUGAUGUGGAUUAUUAUUUUUUACCAACAACAGCCUAUUUGGUAUUAGGUGACAAUAAUAUGCCUAAUUCUCUUUUAUGAAAUAUGAUUUUAAAAUAAAUAAACAUUUUAAUGCUUGUGAGCUGUUGCCCAGAGCAGUCUGAAUGAAACUGAAGGACUAACUUUGAUGCAUUGAUUUCAGUGGGUCUACUCUAAGUAGAACUUAGUGGCAUCCAGCACUGUAAAUUUAAGUGUGAGAUUGGAUUUACCUGAGUAUCGAUUAUGGUUCCAAAGCUCAGUGGAGUUCAGCUCAUUCUGGAAGGUGGUGGUGAGGGAGAAGCAUCUCUUUCCUCUAUUCAGGUGAAAUGGGCUGCCUUUCAUAAAUGAAAGGAGCCCUUCACACAACAGCCAGACUGGAUCCAACCCUGUUUAACUUUGUCAUCAUUACUAUUAGCAUUUUUAAUUACGGUAAUGUGUUCGAUAAAUUUGUCAAUGUACUUUAGAAUUAUUAUUUUUUUAGAAAAACAACAACAACCUUGGGAUACUAAGCUCUCGGUGGUCAAAAUCCACAAACUGAGAUUAACAAUGGUAUCAGAAAAGGAAAGGAGAUCAUCAUAUCAUUCCAAGGGAGGAAGGUAUUCCCCAGCACAUUAUAAAGGGAAAGAGGACACUGAACACAGGCCACAUCCCCACUCCUACUCCCUAGGCAAGUCAUGGACUUCCAUCUCUUUUUCCUUCUACAAACUGAAACUAAGGGAUUCCAUUCAAAUGACAAGGAGGCUGCCUUUGACACCCACCUAUAAUCCUUCACUUUGGAAGAAGCAAAUUGUUCCUUCUAGGGUCUUUAUUAAUAAGUGAUAUUUUAUAUUAAAAUGUUAUUUUAAAAAACAACAACACCUGGUAUAGAAACAUUUCAUAUACACAUUGGUAAGAUUAGGUAAAGGUAAAGGACCCCUGACAGUUAAGUCCAGUCGCGAACGACUCUGGGGUUGUGGCACUCAUCUCACUUUACUGGCCAAGGGAGCUGACAUUUGUCCGCAGACAGUUUUUCCAGGUCAUGUGGCCAGUAUGACUAAGCUGCUUCUGGUGAAACCAGAGCAGUGCACAGAAACACUGUUUACCUUCCUGCCAGAGUGGUACCUAUUUAUCUACUUGUACUUAGACGUCCUUUCAAACUGCUAGGUUGGCAGGAGCUGGGACCAAGCAACAGGAGCUCACCCCGCCAUGGGGAUUCGAACCGCCAACCUUCCGAUCGGCAAGCCCUAGGCUCAGUGGUUUAGACCACAGCGCCACCCGCAUCCGAUUUCUAAGAUUACCAUGUUGCAAAUGUUUGCAGCACACAGUAGCAUCAUGAAUUAAUUGGACUCUUGUAUAUGCAUACAUUAGACACAGCGCUCUUCAGUGGCCGGCCUUCGAGGAUCAAAGCCUGAAUGUGUGUGAUCCCUGCUGAAGAGGGUAACAUGGGAGUAGAUCUUGUCUUCACUCAUCUUGUCACUCGUGAAGGAUGCACACCUGCUCAGGUUUUGUAAGUUAAACAACCUUCGCUGUUUUGUCACUGUGUGCUUUCAAGAGUUACAAUAGCACUGCACAUUUAAAUGUUAGUACUGUUCAACAUGCUGACAGUUCAAUUUCUACUUGUCUUCACUCCUCUGUCUCCUUGUCUUUCCUCUGCUCAAUAUACUAGCUUAACACACUUCCAGGUUGCCAUUUCAGUUAUCACAUGUAAUUAUUUUCUUAGUCUUGUUGUAUUUAGUUGAAGUCUAAAGUUCAUGGAACAGCAGCCAAAUAUUUAAAGCCUCAGCAGGAGAACCUGAGUUGAAAACAGAACUGGAACUAGCAGUUUCUGUGCCCUGGGCAGACUACAGUUUUAACAUCUCAGAGUGGGGUUUUUUUAGGAUUAGGAAACUGUCUUGAUUGACCAAUGGUCUGCCUCUGUAUAAAGCACUUUCCUAUAUUCCUGCAUGGGUCUUAAAUGUUCUCAGAAGUUCUCCAAUUCCUAACAACCAAUAAGCACCUUGAAUUCUACUCAGAAAUAGAGAGGAAUGUCCAGCAGAGCUUUUCAGCAAGUUACCAUUUGAAAGCCAAACUGGUGUCUUUCAAACCAUCUGAAGUUUGCAGGAGGUCCUCGAGGACAGUCAAGCCUGCUACUUCUGACCAACACCAGCCUGAGCUGGCAAAGAGUGCUUUGUGUCCAGAGUAAGGUACUCCAAAACAGCACUCAAAAUUGUGAGCCCCAUUCUUGAGAAAGUGUGUGAUCCCAUCCAGAACUUUAAACAUCCUACCACCUCAGUCAGAUGGACCAUUCAGCCAGAUACAUUUCCAGGAUUAGGGAUUAAGCAUCAGUAUAGUAUCCCUCAUUUGGUAUGCUGAUGAUUCUGUUUAGGUUGGAUAGUACUGUUUCAGGGGGCUAGAGGCUAUAUGGCAGUAACAGAAGGGGCUGAAGCCAGUUGUGGGUGGGAUCAGAGACCAAAAUGGGAAGGGCCACUCACCCACCUUCUCUCUCUCUCUCUCUCUCUCUCUCUCUCUCUCUGUCUCUUUUCCUCCUCCUAUCUUUCUAAAAACUGGGGGCCUGCUGCUCUUGGGGGGAUUACUAUAUCAAGCUGAAACUACAGUAGUACCUUGAUUUUUCAAAGAAACAGCUUUUAAUCAUAGCUACUUAAAAUGAUUGAAAUUGCACUGAAAAUGUGGCAAGAAAAAUAAAGAGCAUAAUUUUGUCAAAAGAUGAAUCCCACUGAGGCUCUUCAUACUCCAAAUGGCUUAAGCAGCAAACAGCAGAGCUGUGUUUUCAGUUAAUGAAAUGGGUAAAUCACAGUGGCAAAGGCAAAAAGAAAACCAGGAAGGAAUGGUCCAACCAUUUUCCUGUUAAAAGCAGAGCAGAAUUGUAGAGUCUUAGAACACUGCAAUUACUGCAGUGAGAUUUGGUCUGUGUGCAUUAGCACAUUUUUUAAAAAUUUAUUUUUUUGGCCAAUAUAUAAGUGAAAAAUGAGGUAGGAAAUUAUUUAUUUAUUUACCUGUUUUCCUAAUUUUCACAAAACAAGAAUUGGGAAAGAUGCAUUCUGUAUUAACCAAUCAUGGCCCAAUCUUGCGAGGUGGAGCGUGUUAAUUUCAUUAAUCAUUUGUAAACUAUAGCAAGAAUCUAAGAUUUAGGACAGUGGUAGCCUACAUGGUGCCCUUAAUAUGUUGUUCAACUCUGGCUCCCAUCUAAGUCACAGUGGUAGUGUCACUUGCAACCAUCAGACAGCAGUUUGAAAAUGGAUGCACUAAGAAGGAAGAGGGGCUCCUAAAUGCUCCUAAAUACAUUUAGAGUGUCCUCACCAGACUCUGAAAAAGAGACUGUGGAAGCAUGACAUGUGGAAAGGAAAUGUGCAAAGUGUGAAGAGGAAAGGGAGAGAAUAGCAUGUACAAUAGGGAAAUGAAGGAGUAGAUGCCAGAGGUGACCUUUAACCAUAUGGACUAGAAGCUUGAGAGUAAUUGAAAAGUGAUAGGGACCUGGUGCAGAGAUGGGAGGAAAGGGGGAAAUGGCUUAGCCACUCAGGAGCAUUAAGAUGAGUCAACUUGAUGCGGUAACAAAAUGAAGGCUAAUCAAGUAACAUCUGGAAUCCACAGGCAGGCAUACAAAGUAACGUCUCAUAAAAAGCAGAGCGAAAGUCCUCUGAUAUUCUUGGUAUACAAUACAUGCUGACUUCUGCAAACAGGCUGUCAGAACCAGAUGGAGUGGAAGGUCUGUUAAUAUUAUGGAACAGUGAUGGAUGCCCACAAGGGCCUUUGCUUACAGUAUGUUGCAUUCAGUACCUGUGGUGCUGAUUUUAUAAUGCAUAACAAACUUUCUCAACAUAUUGCUCAUAAGCAGUCCUGUCCGGGUUAAGCUGUAAGCAGCUAUCAAGGAAGAGCCAAGCAUUGUGUCAGGGGGAGUCAGAGCUGGGGAGAGGCUCAAGACCUACAGUAAGUGAAAUAUACUCGGAGUCGAAAGUGGAUUUCAUGCUCUUUAUUCAGCUCAUAGUGGUGAGGAGGAAUGGAAGUUCCCCCAGGAUGUCUGCUUUAUAUACAUUAUUUAUACAAAGGGCCCCACGUGAUUGGCUAAUUCCGGGAUUCACCUGUAGGCCAAUCAGGUUGCAGAUUCACUUCCACCUGGAGCUGGAUUGGGUGGCUCCUGUGGACCAAUCAGACUGCUGUCUUCUGGAUCCUAUUGUUCAAGGACCAAUCAGACUGCUGCAUUCUGAAUCCUAUUGUUCUAGGGCCAGUCAGACUGCUGCAUUUUGGAUCCUAUUCAACUUAGUACAUAACAGUAAGAGUGUUGUGAAACCCUCAUCUUUAUAUAUCUUUGUCCUGUGUGAAAUUCUGUUGACAUUUUAAAAAACAAAUUCUUUAAAUGCCAACGGUCCAUAGGCAAGGUCUUUCUGUACCCCUCCUAGGAGUAUCUAGAAGCUUCUAAAUGGGAACCAAAGUUAUUCCAGGGAGAAGAAAGAGUGGAGACUGCAAGGAGAGUAGAAUGGAAAAAGCCACUGAGUUUUCCUGAAGGAGGCAUGGAAGGGCCUAGCUAUGUGCUGGCUGUGAAGUUGUAUGACUGCAGGCUCCAUGUUGGCAUAUAGACUUGAGGCUAUUCAUGGGAACUGGCAGGCCACAAUAGCUUACACUGGAAAGCUCUCCACACAGAUUUCCACAAAAGUGGAAGAACUACCUCAUGGACAUGGGCACCAAUGCAAGUUUUUACCUUUGCUGUUUGGUUUCCAAGACUACUUUGCAUACCGUAUGUAGUACCUGUAAUUUCAUUUCGCAUUAAUGGCAGAGCUGGACCAUGCUGCACUUCAGCAAAUGUCUGUGUUUGGGCACCUCCAGACAAUGACAGAUAUCCUCCCAUCAAUCUGCGAGUGAACCUUCCGCUGAGUCACAAGGGCUGCUGUGAUGUCAUCUCUAAGAAUAGAUCCUAUCCAGGAAAACUAAAGAGCAACUUGGCGAUUAAUGUUCCUGGCACUGUCAAGAUUGAUCACACUUCAAGAGACGGGUGCUUCUAAGAAAGAAACAGCGGUGACUUUCAUGGACAGUCAUUGUGGAGUGAAAAAUUCCUCCUCAAGUUUCUAGAAGUUUGGCGCUGCUCUUAACACUUGGUUCAGCACUUUGAAGCAUGCAAAUCACGCCCAC